UUCGAGAAAAAUUGAUAAUAAUUUACAAAUAGAAUUCCAAAUAGCAACUAUUUCAAAAAUAUACGAACUUUAUGGAACUUAUGUAAUUUUGAUUUCAGAUUUGGUUUUCUAUGAGAAUUAUUUUUUAGAAUGCCUCCUAUGAAACCUUUUAGGAUAGGAAAACAAACAGGACCUAAAGAUAAAAAUAAGGGUCCAAGACAAUCUAAACCAAAAACAAAUCACAGUGAAGAUAGUUCUGUAAGUGAUAUUGAUAAGCCUUCUGGUUCAAAUAAUCAGUCUAAACGCCACCCAUCUCAUCUUAAAGGUCGAGAAAUAGGUCUCUGGUAUGCACAUAGAGCAAGCCAAAAAGAAGAUGAAGAAUUACUAAAUGUUAAUAAAAGAGGCAUAGGACUAAAACUUAAACCACCUCCUUAUUUAAGAGGUCAUGAUUUAGAUUUAUGGCAUAAAGAACAAAAUCGAUUAUGGCAACAUGCUCAGAAAAAAGAAAAACAAAAGGAACUUGGCAAAUGUUUUAUCAAGUUAAGAAUUGAAGGCAUUGGUCAUGUUGAAAUCUUAGCUCUUCAAUUGGAAACAGAAAUGCCAAUUAUUGAAGAAUAUAAACCUAAGUUAUUUAGUAAAAACUUAAGUUCAAAAAUUGUGUCUUCAAAAAUUUCAAACUUUAGAAAUUUAAAUUGUUAUUCAUUAGAUGAUGAAGAUAUUGAUGAAAAUGCUGAAUAUAUAAUGGACAGAUAUAAAAAAUUAGAAGAUUCAAAUUUUAAAAGAAAAUUUCUUGACCAUAUAACUGGAUCAAUUGAAGAUAAUUUAAUUGCUUCAGUGCAAAGUAAUUUGAAACUUCAAAAUGAUGAAAUGAAAAAUUCUGCAUUAAAAAAUGAAUUAGAAGCAAAAUUUAAAACUCCCAAAUAUAGAUCUAUGUGUGAAUUCCGGAAAAAGUUACCUUCAUACAGCAAAAAAGAUGAAAUUUUAAAUCUAAUAAAGGCAAACCAAGUUGUUUUGAUUAGUGGUGAAACUGGUUGUGGAAAAACUACACAAAUAGCUCAAUUUAUAUUAGAUGAUGCAAUUUUAUCAGACAAUGGUUCGACGUGUAGAAUUGUUUGUACUCAACCAAGAAGAAUUAGUGCUAUAUCAGUAGCAGAACGAGUAGCUGAUGAACGAGCAGAGCGUGUAGGAGAAAGAAGUGUAGGAUAUCAAAUUCGAUUAGAAAGACGUUUAAGUAGAGAUUAUGGAUCUAUUUUAUUCUGUACUACAGGAAUUUUACUUCAGCAAAUACAACAGGAUUCUGCUUUGAAAUAUUACUCGCAUGUGAUUAUUGAUGAAAUACAUGAACGUGAUACUAUUAGUGAUUUUACUCUUACAAUCCUCAAGAGUAUUAUACUAGUGAGACCUGAUAUAAAAGUUAUAUUAAUGAGUGCUACUUUAAAUGCAUCUGCAUUUUCUAAAUAUUUUGAUGAAUGUCCAACUUUGAACAUACCUGGUUUUACUUUUCCAGUUGAAGAGUUAUAUCUUGAAGAUAUUUAUACACUAAAUGGUUUUAGAUAUUUUCCCAAAAAAUUAGUGCAUAAGACUCGAAAAGUACGCCCAGGUGAUCCAUUCAAUGAAUUUGUCAUACCAUAUGUGAAUAAUAUGAGACGUUUGAAAAAGUAUCCAAAUUCAGUAUUAAAUUGGUUGGAAAAUCCUUUUUCUGAAGAUUUUGACUAUGAUCUUCUCGUAGAACUUAUAAACUAUAUUUGCAAUAAUAAAGAAGACGGAGCUAUUCUUGUAUUUUUAUCUGGAUGGGAUCAAAUAUCAAAGUUAACUAGAAUUUUAAGAGAUAAAGGUUACGGAAAUACAUCAAAAUUUAUACUAAUAUCAUUGCAUUCUAUGCUUCCUACUGUAUCUCAAAAAUCAGUAUUUGAUUCACCACCUAAAGGCAUACGUAAAAUUAUCCUGUCUACUAAUAUAGCAGAAACUUCAGUAACAAUUGAUGAUGUUGUAUAUGUAAUUAAUAAUGGACGUAUGAAGCUAAAAGGAUUUGAUGCUGAAAAUAAUAUUGGUACUUUAAAAGAAGAAUGGGUUAGUGUUGCUAAUGCUAGACAGCGUCGUGGUAGAGCAGGUCGUGUGAAACCAGGAAUUUGUUAUCAUCUUUACACUAGAGGACGUGAACAGUCAUUUGAUGAUUAUGUUUUACCAGAAAUGAUGCGUACUAGUUUAGAAGAAGUGAUACUUCAAGCUAAAAUUUUACAAGUUGGUAUGGUAACACAGUUCUUAGAAAAAGUUAUGAAUCCUCCUGAUAGUAAAGCUUUAGAAGUUUCCUUAAAACUAUUGACUGAUUUGAAUGCUCUCGAUGAAAAAGAAAAUUUAACACCAUUAGGUUUUCAUUUAGCAAAAUUACCAAUUGGGCCACUCGAAGGAAAAAUGAUUAUUUUAGGUGCAAUGUUUAGCUGUUUAAGUCCAAUUAUGACAAUAGCUGCUAGUUUGAACUUCAAAGACCCUUUUGUCAUGCCAUUGAAUAAAGAGCAGCAAUGUCGUGAAGUUAAAAAAGAAAUGGAUGAAGGUAAUCAAAGCGAUCAUCUUUUAGUUACUAGAGCAAUGAGUAAAUUUUUGAAAGCAAAACAAACAAAUAAAGCUUGGGAUUUCUGCAGAGAUAAUUUUUUAAUGCAUAAUACCAUGAAUAUGAUAUCUGAACUUAAAUCUCAAUAUGCUAAAUAUUUAUGUGAUCUUGGAUUUAUUAAAUCUUCUAAUUAUUCAGAUGUAGAGUACAACAGGAACUCUAGUAAUGUUAAACUUUUGAAGUGUGUUUUAGUUGCUGGUUUAUGUCCUAAUAUAGCUGUAUCCCAAACUAAAGUGAAAUCAAGUGGCCGCAAACUAUCAAAAUAUGUGACUGCUGAAGAUGGCAAAGUAGAUAUUCAUCCUAAAUCCGUCAAUGCUGGAGAUUGUUAUUUUGAAAGUCCAUUAUUGCUGUAUCACACUAAACUAAAAACAAGUUCUAUAUUUUUGCAUGAUACGACUAUGGUUUAUCCGUUUCCAGUUGUUUUAUUUGCUAACCAUCUUAAAAUAACUGGUGAAAAGACUGAUCAUGUAACUUUUAGCCUUAACUCUCAAAUCAAUUUUACUUGUUCUGCAAGAACAUCUAAUUUUAUUAAGACUGUUCGCAAUAGACUUAAAUGGCUAAUUGAUUAUUUGAUGUCACAUCCAGAAGAAAUAAGUUCAGACUCAAAAUCUAUUAGUACAAGAGCACUUCAACUUGUUGUUGAUUUAGUGUCUGCAGAAGAACAUCCUGGUGUUUUGGACUUUUCUCAUUUGUUUUAAUUUAAAAACCUUGUUAUGUAUUGAUUCAUUGUAUUUGUUAAAAGAAUAUUGUUUAAAACCUUAUAAGUGUUAUUACUAUAAUUUUUUUGUACUAUUUAGAAUGUAAUAUACAAAAUUGACUUACAAAAACA